AUGUCAUUCAUGAGUUUUGUAGCAAGUGACUACGGCCCAGGGUAUCUCGAGGAUGAAUUAUAUUCCGACGAAGAUUUUGGCUACGGAGGCAAUUCACGGCACAAGGAAGAUUUAUGUUUCGAUGAAAGGCCGUAUGCGUCAGAUGAAUUUCUAAACUUAAACAUUCAAGAACAAAAGGCUGCCGUCGCUUCGUUGUUUCGAGAGAAAUAUCCUUCAGAAGAACUACAGGAAGCUCCUAUCAAUGCGGUCGUUGGUCUUUUGAAACACGAUGAUACCUUUUUACUUUCUGGUGCUAGUUUUGCCCAAUCUCGAGUUCCGGAGCUCUUUUUCCACAUGAUUGAAAAGAAGCACAAACCAGUGGUCUUGGUUUUGAAUUCGAUCGAUACGGUUGGAGAUCAAAUGGUUUUGGAAAAACAAGCAGUAGGUAUCACUGCUGUUAAUUUAACUUGGCGGACGAUGAACAAAGACACCUUGAAAAAAUUGAAAGACAACCAGUAUUCAUUCAUCUAUAUCAGCCCAGAUGUUUUCUUAAAUAAUGAAGAUUUCGCAGGUCUUUACGAUAGCAACAAGUUUUCACGUCACCUAGUCUUGAAAGUAGUCAACGAAGCCUACUGGAUAUAUCUUUGGAAUCUAAAGAAAACCGAACAAUCGAAGAACUUCUCUGUUCAUGUCACUCCUGAAGACGUUGAAAAGUUCAGAACCACCUACCGUUAUAACCUUGCUAAAUCGUUGAACGAAAUCAGCACUGUGCCAUUACUACUCAUGUCGGAAAGCUGCAGACCACAAGCAGUGGUUGUGAUAAUGGGUGCCAUGGAUCCUGCAAUAUCCUAUCAGCUGGCUGGAAAAGCGGGACGGGAUGGUCAUAGCAGCUCACUCCAUGUUGCCUCAGAGUGGUUUAUGCCGUCGAUACUUUCAGAGAUAGAACGUGAGCGCAGCGCAGGAAUGCCUGUGUGCCGAUGCUCAAACUGCGACCCUAAAGGAGCGGCUCUAUUGCUUCGCCUCCUACCGUACACAAACGCAGCCGAUCUAGAAAGUCUAAUGAGCUCUAAUUUCACCAAGCCUCAAGAUAACCCUCUGGCAUCACAGGAAGAGCAAGAAAACGAAGAAUCAGAAGACGAAGAAUCAGAAGAGUCAGAAGACGAAGAGUCAGAAGACGAAGAGUCAGAAGACGAAGAAUCGGAAGACGAAAGAUCAGACAACGAAUCACCCAAAGACAAGAAGCGAGCGGCUCGACAAAAAGAGCUUGGUUGUAUACCAUUAAACUUUGAUUAUCGAGAUGGUCUUUCCUUUGGAAACCGAUUAUGA